UUUUGAAUCGCUUCCGAUUUUUAACCCGUGAGAUUUUCCCGCCAUCCUGCGAAGAAGAGAUUGUUGAUGGUUGAAACAACGUAAACAUGCCGCCAAGCAGACGAUCCUCGAAACAGCCGAGCAUAGACAAAUCAUCAUCAACUCAAUCGAAGAAGCUUAACGAUGCACAAUCACAAUGGGUUAUGAUGGUUGAAGAUUGUGUGUUGGAGGAUGAUGGCAGUGAAGAAAGUAGGCCGUUUAUGUGCAAACUGAGACAUCCCAAAUCUGAUUCUGGCUGUUUGUUCCUGUUUGCCAAUGGAGGUCGAGAUGUAUAUGAAGCCAUACAAUAUAAAGAGGAAUUCAGAUCUUGGUUUAUUGGAGAUACAAUUCAGCAUGACGGAGGAAUGCUGAUGUUGACGACAGUGGAUCCGCUGUUCUUGGUGAUGCCAUACCUGGUGAAGGAGGGACAGUCAGGAAAGUUUAUGACGUUAGAUCAGAUUGUGAUUGAUGAGGAUUACCCAGAAUGCAACAGACUGCAUGAAUGCUCAGGAUUAAGUGAACUGCAUCAGAUCACAGAGGUCAAAGGGGAUGAUGACUUCAGAGCCUACAGGUUUGACAAGGACAAAACUUUGUCAUGGUUGAAGCUCAAGACGGAGAUUGUGGCUGAUGUUCUCCAGCAGAAGGAUGUAAGUGUCAGCUCCUCAGGCGCCCACAGCUCUAUGUUCAUCCGCAGCAAGAAGGAGGAAGCCGUCGAUAAAGAACAGUACAUCAAGUAUGCAUGCGGCAUGGUGUCCGACUAUCUCCCACCACAGAUAGCUGAUGAUCUCAGAGACUACCUGGGGGUUGCAGACAUUCCCGAGCCAGUCAAGAGCCCAUCAGAGGAACCACCAGCCAAGAGGGUUAAGUUAGAAGACAUUGCCCCAAGUGAAGACUACAGCAAAACCAAUGGCCUCCAAAAACAAAACUCCAAAGAGACGAAGCUAACCGUGGCCCAGAAGAAGCUCAGCAAGGUCGACAAGACUGGAAUGAAGAGCAUCUCAAGCUUUUUCUCACCAAAGGUCAAGACCUGACCUUGACCUUCAACCUGACAUUGACUUUCCCAAAAACAUGUAGAGGUGCUACAGUACAAAAGGAUACUAUACGUAUCAAGACUGACAGGCAAUGAUACAAUAUGUAUCACAAUGUACCAGAAGAGUGGCAACAAAUUGUAUCUUCCCUGUUCAUUCUUCAUGUCCAUUACAACAUGUAUCAGGGAAUCUGCCAUGUUUAGUUUUUGUGUAACAAGCCAGGCUGAAGUGAAAACUGGGCAGGAAAGCUACAGAGGGAUUGUUUUUUGUUAAGCAAGUGAAAAGCAAGUUUGUAUCAUGUUUUGCAAUACAGGUCCAUAUGUAUCCUGCAUCCUGCCGAAGGCGUAUCGUUCCAACGUUAAAAACCCAUGAAGAUCAACCCAUGAAGAUCCGGGUUAGAAUUGGUCUUCAGCAACCCAUGCUUGUCCUAAAUGGCGACUGAUGGGAUCGGGUGGUCAGGUUUGCUGACAUG